AUGAUUGCGGCAUUAUUUCAGCGGCUUUCCGCUGAUAAAUCAGCUAAAUUUCGUGAAUCUGAUCGACUUUUUUCAUAUUCUUCUGCUACAUCAUAUACAUUACUCGGUCGUGAUCGACUUAAACGUGAACGAGAAAAAGAACGUAAGAAAAAUAUUCGUAAACAUCGUGAAAUCAUGCAAGAAUUAUCAGCAAAUAAGAAAACUAGUAACACUUCAGAGAAUAAUACUCAAUUAACUCAACCAUUAAAUGAUGAUGGUGAUGAAGAUAUUGAAGAUGAAGAUGAAAGUACUACAAGUAGUGAAAAACCUCCAUCACGAACGAUGACAAAUACAUCUACAUCAAGUAAAAGACGAGCAAAGACAAAACGUUCACGUACGAAACGAACUCUAUCCGAUUCCAGUCAACAAUCAGAAUCACGCGAUUAA